CGACGCUCCGCCGACGUGCUCCCUCCCUCUGAGGGAAGGCGCACAUUCCCAUUGUCCAAGAUGGCGGUGUUGGUGUAGAAUCGCCGAUGCUGACAUGAUUUUAAACGAUUUUAUUCCUUUAUUUCGAAUUUUAUGUAACCGUGCAGUGGGUCGGGCGUUAGUGUUCGUUUACAAAAACCAUCGUCGCCGAGAUUAUACUUGAGAGUAUCCUCCGAACGCGCCCUUUCCGAGCUGGAAUCACCUUUGCAGGCGUUGAAAACUUUGGGCUCCAUCAUCCUCCUCGUUUGAAAAUGAAAAGGCAGGCCGGGAGAGAAACGAGUCCCUCCAGGGCCCUAGCGAAGAGGAUCCGUGAGAGGGAACGCGAGGCGCGGCGAGAGGAGCUGCCUCCCCCGCCGCUGGCUCUGCUGCUGGCGGAGAGCCGCGGCUACCACAAGCGUAGUCGGAGCCGGGAGCGAGAGAAGGGACGCAUACCGCGGGAGGAGCCCCGCAUACCGCGGGAGGAGCCCCGCAUAGCUCGGGAGGAGCCCCGCUUAGCCCGGGAGGAGCCCCGCAUAACCCGAGAGGAGCCCCGCAUAGCCCGGGAGGAGCCCCGCAUACCUCGGGAGGAGCCCCGCUUAUCCCGGGAGGAGCGCGCUGCGGCGCUGGAGCUGCACCACAGACAUGAGCUCGGUCUCCUCGGGCGGCCGCCUCUACGGACCGCACCGGUGGAGGUCCCCGGUCCCCGACCAGGUACACUGGAAUAUAAAACACUCCUCAUCAGCAACCUCGGAUCGCAAGUCUCGGACGAAGACGUGGAGGACUCGCUUUUCCACGAGUUCAAAAAGUUCGGGGACGUUAGUGUAAAACUCUCGCACACGCCGGAGCUGGGACGGGUCGCAUACGUUAAUUUUAGACAUCCCGAGGACGCAAAGGAAGCCAGACACGCCAAAUCCACCCGGUUGGUGUUGGGCGACCGCCAGCUGAAGGUAGAGCCCAUGUAUGUCCGCAGACGAAGCGUCACUCCGCCCGAGGUUGGUUACUUACCGCUGCACGCACCGUACCCAUACCGACAGAGGUCCAUGUCGCCGCCGGGCCCCGCGCUGGCCGGCAUCCGAGACCCGAGGGCCCGGCAUUACGCGCUGGAGAGCCUGGGUCUGGGCAGAGAGAGGGAGCGGAUCCUGGAUUACUACGGGAUGCUGGAGGAGAGGAGACAGCCGUACGGCUUCCCUCCCGUGCCCGUGGUGCCGGAGGAGCUGAAGCCUGAGGACGACCAGAGGGCCACCAGUAACCUGUUCAUCGGCAACCUGGACCACAACGUCACGGAGGUGGAGCUGAGGAGGGCCUUCGACAAGUACGGCAUCAUCGAGGAGGUGGUGAUCAAGCGGCCGGCCCGCGGGCAGGGCGGGGCCUACGGCUUCGUCAAGUUCCAGAACCUUGACAUGGCGCACCGCGCCAAGGUGGCCAUGCAGGGGCGCGUGAUCGGCGUGAACCCGGUGAAGAUCGGCUACGGGAAGGCCACCUCCACCACGCGGCUGUGGGUGGGGGGGCUGGGCCCCGGCAUCUCCCUCACGGCGCUGGCUCGGGAGUUCGACCGCUUCGGCAGCAUCCGCAACAUCGACUACGUGAAGGGCGAGAGCUUCGCCUACAUCCAGUACGAGAGCCUGGACGCCGCGCAGGCCGCCUGCACCCAGAUGAGGGGCUUCCCCCUGGGGGGCCCGGAGCGCCGCCUCCGGGUGGACUUCGCCAAGGUGGAGGAGAGCCCCCCCCGGGUGUUCCCCUCGGGCUACCAGCCGCCCGCCCCCCUGCCCCCCCACUACGAGCUGCUCCCCGAGGCCUACGCCCACCACCGGGGGCUGGAGCGGGACGGGCGCGCCCGGGGGGGCACCUCCUCCCCCCCGCCGCCCCACGUCCUGCUGUCCCAGCGGGAGAGGGCGGUGCUGGAGCGGGAGUACCUCAGCAGCCCGCCCCGCGCCCUGGAGCGCCGGCCCCCCGCCGUGGAGGCGUUCGGCCGGCCCGGCCGGAGCGCCCGGAGCCGCAGCCGCUCCCGGGAACGCUGGCUGAAGGAGCGGGACGAGAGGCGGGCCCGGAGGCGGAGCCGGAGCGCCUCCAACGACCGCGCCCCCGUGGCGGAGGAGCGGGAGAAGGAGCGGGAGCGCGACCGCGGCAGGUCAAAGGUCAGGGUGCCGCUGGGCCCCGUGUCCCCGGAGCCCAGCCCGGACCGCGCCCGCGUCCGCGCCCCCGACUCCACCACCGAGUCCCAGGACCACUCCCCCGAGGGGGGCGGGGCCCUGCCCAGGCCGCCGCCCGCCAGCGCCGCCGACCCCGCCCCCCCGCCUCCCCGCCACCACGGCAAGAGGGGCGUGUCCGGGGACCACCCCAACAACCAUCACCACAGGAACAGCGAGCCCACGGCCGCCUCCCCCUCCCCCCACCCGGACCCCCGCGCCGGGCACCCGGCCCCCGCCUCGCUGACGGAGUUCGCGGCGGCCAGCCUCCCCAAGGCCUGGCCCGGCCUGUUCGCCCUGAAGAACAGCAGCUUCCCCACGCACCUGUACCUGCUGGAGGGCGGGGCCUCCUUCUUCAGCGGCAUCAUGAAGGGCCAAUCGCAGCCCUGCCAGCUGAAGAUCGCCCAGCGGCUGCGCAUGGACCAGACGCGGCUGGACGAGGUGGCGCGCCGCAUCAAGCAGGGCCGCCCAGACGGCUACGCCAUCCUGUUGGCCCUCCAGGGGCCCGUGGACCGCCAGGCCCCGCCCCCCGAGCCGGGGCUGCAGGUGCGCCUGCUGCGCCACCUGGUGACGUACCUGAGGAACAAGGAGGCGGCGGGCGUGAUCAGCCUGCCCGCCGGCCGGGAGGGGGCGCCGGGCGCCAUGCUGUACGCCUUCCCGCCCGGCCACUUCUCCCAGCAGUACCUGCAGGAGGCCAAGAGGACUGUGGGUAAUCUGGAGGAGGAGCACAUGGUCAUCGUGAUCGUCAACGACACUAACUGAGAGGGGGGCUGGUGCAUUGUGGGGUAGGACGGGGGUGAUCACACAAACACACCCACGCACACACACUAGGACAACAAACAAACACACACACGCACACAAAUACUAAGGAUUGAGAAGACAUUUUUAUAAGUCGUACCGAUCUUGUUUUUUCACACUACACGCGUCUCUAUACCUCUCCUCCCUCUGAGCGUAUCGUGUCAUACUCUAUAGAAAUGAAAGAAGAAUGCAUGGGUUAGACGUUCCUCUCGGAAUGCUAGGAAAAUUGUUGUUUUUACAGGCUGUGUUUCUCAGCCCAACCUGAGACGAUGUACUUGUUUGUGUUUGUGCUGUACAUAGACACGAUGUAACUUCUGAGGGUAAAUGGGGAGAGCUGUUUGGGGACACGGAGCAUUUUAUCUAGGUGGGUGUGGGACCUGACGGUAGGGCCACUACAGGGUUCAGGUCAACUUGAUUGUACUGUUUGGGGUACGGGGUGAGCCAAGACUGUUUUAAGUCUCUUAGAACGAGUCCGGGGGUCAACACAGCACUCUUUAACCUCUCGCAGAGCUCCUGUAUAGGUAAACACGUCUUGAGUUCAUUAACCAUUCCUGUUCCGUUCAUUAACCAUUCCACCCUUUGUCAUUAUUAUCUAGCAUGUUUAGACAAAUUAAAAUGUGUUCUGGGUGCGAUGUGUUUUUACAGAACGGAUGUGCUUCUAUAUUGCGGGCUCAAAUGUAAAUGCCUUUUACCUUUUUUAAAGAAAAUACUUUUAUAUCGUCCAUCGCUCCAUUCCUCAAUCCUUCCAGUCCUCUCUGUCCCUUUUUAUUUUUCCUCUAUAGCGUCAUCACGGUUUUGUUACGCAACGGUUUAAAAUCUGGCGUCAGAUUCUUCAGCGUAGUGACAUCACCAUGUAUAUUACACUAAUUAAAGGUCUGUUUUUGCCACUGAAUUUCAGUUUGGUCAUGCGUUAUUCAUUAUGUCAUGCAACUUGAAAUAGGUUCAACCAUGGGUGGAUGAAGGGGGGACUAGGGCUGCAACAAAGAGUCAAUCCAACCGUUAGUCAUCGACAGAGAAGUCAUCAAAUCUAAUUUGUAGUACAAAAGUUCAAAUAACAUUGGCUGCUUAAUGUAGCAGUUCAAUUCAAAUAUUGGGAUCACGGAUAAUUAUAAAAGGAAUAGUUGUGUUUCUUUUUUCAAUUUUGAAUGGUCAUUUGUGUAGGCAUUUGUUUUUAUGUAUUCGAUUUUAUCGACUAAAUUAUUCAAACGAAAGAAUAAUCGUCUUAUUAAAACACAGUGAAAUAAUCGUUAGUUGCAGCCCUACUGUCAUCAUAAAUGCCCACGAUUAAAUUCUAAGUGUUAUGUGAUAAUUGUUGUAACGUCUCAGACCAACUGGCUGUACUUUUCCAUUAUGGUAAUGCCCAUAAUGGGGGCGGAUCUUCAGCGGAACAGGACCGUUGAUUACAAUCUUGCUGUGUGUGGUCCUCUCAACUGUCAAUCACGAGUAGAAUGUUAGAAUCUCAAUCCUGUUUACAACAUGAACACACAUCUAAAGACACAUUUAUAUUGACAUUUUUCAUCUUGGUGGCAGUGUAGCCACACUAGAAGCUCUGUUAAAUUGUAUUUUCUUGUUUUUAAGGUUAAACAUAGUAAUUUUUAGUAUCCAAAUAGAAUUGAUGAUGCUGUUUGGGUUGGGCAAGAACUU